UGCAACUGAAGAACGUGUAGUCGCUAAAUAAUUUUUGUUUAUAUUCAAAUUUUUGAUUAUGACAGAGGAGCAGCCAGUGGCUGCUUGCAGUCCGACAGCCAACAAGGAUGCUGUUCUCAAUGUGCAACCUAAUAGUGUAGAGGACAAAACAGAUGUGGAAGUAAUAACAACACUUGUUGAGGUAGAAAAUACUUCUCAAGAACCCACUGAGGCAAUCGAAAUGGAAACCAAUGCUGAAGAUCAGGACAAGUCUACUGAGCCACAAACGCAAGUUUUGCCACAAGUUGAGCCCACUUCAUCUAUGGAAGUGGAGGACAAGACAGACACACCUGCUGCCAACGGCUCUAAGCCAAAGAACUCAAACGGUCUAAGCAUGUUAGCAACCUAUAGUUCGGAUGCAGACUCAGACGUUGAAGAAGUGCAUCAGCAAGAUGGCGAAGUAGUUGAAGUGCCUGUGAGCAAUAUAACAACCAAUAGUAGCUCUUCACGACCUCGCCAAACGGUAGUAGUAAGUGAUGGCAGCGAUUCUAGCAGCAGCAGCUCCAGCUCGGACUCUGAAGGCGAAUAUCUCACGGUGCUGCGUAAGAAAAUUGAUAAACGCAUCAACAACACAGAGGAAUGUGAUGAUGACGACGAUGAAUUUGAUGAUGAUUCGCGUCCGCGCCGUCGUCAACCGCCUAAGGUACGUGGCGAGAUGCUGCUGGAGGACCUUCCACCUAUACAUCUGCUGGAAAUUACAGUGCCAGAGGAUGAGUGCGUGGAGCUGGGCAAAGUGCAAUCGAUUGUGGAUCAACUGGUGCUUGUCAGCGUGCUACCCAAUUCUAUGCUCUUUGAUUUGGACACUGUGUUAUUUUUGGAAAAAGGACGGAAGGUGCUUGGCCAGGUGUUUGAUGUGCUCGGUCAAGUUGCGGAUCCACUCUACUGUGUGCGCUUUAAUAGCAAUCAAGAAAUCAAAGAUCGUGGCAUCAACAUUGGUGAUGUAGUUUACUGUGCACCACAAACAGAACACACACAGUUUGUUAUUCUCUCCAAGCUAACACAAGUACGUGGUUCAGAUGCGUCCUGGGAGCAUGAUGUGGAACCGCCAGAACGCUUUGUUGAUUACUCCGAUGAUGAAGCUGAACGUGAGGCGCGCCAGGAGCGCCGCAAGCGACGUCAGCGUGACCGCACGAACUCCACAGAUUCGGUUGACACAGUCGUUACUACAAACACUGAGGCCUCGGAAGCAGUGCCUCCAGCGCAACGACAGCGUGGACGUCGCGCUCAAAGAAAUACACGCCAGCCAAACAAUCCGCAGCAGAAUGAUAACAACUGGCAAUCCCAGUCGCAAUCACGUUCCCAAUCCCGGGACUCACAAUAUAAUUAUCAUCCUAGCUAUAAUCCAGGCAGUUGGCACUCAAACUACUAUCACAGUUAUCAUCCGCCAGCAGGCAACUUUAAUAUGCCACCUAGCAUGCCUGGCAUGCAGUUUCCAAUGCCCACACAUGGUUAUGGUUACAUGGCGCCUCCACCUUACGGAAUGCCGCCAAUGCCAAUGCAAAUGCCUCCACAUAUGUAUCCGCCACCGCCGGCGCAUCCCGCCUAUGGACAGCCACAUCAUCAUCAACAGCAUCCUCCCCCUAACAAUUAGUUUUUCGUUAUAUUAAUAGUGCUUGACAUAAAUAUUACUUUAUUCCAAUAAAAUUUUCAAAUGU